AUGCCGUGUAUGUACUUUUCUGGGAUAGAUAGUGAUUCUAUCACUAUCGAUGAUCCUAGCAACGACUGCAUUAGGGUAAACCUUGAUCUAUUUAUUAGAGUUCUCAAUAACUAUGAACAAAACACAAGGGUCUUUUUGGACACUCACUUGUUAAGGAUUCGAGGUAAUGAAGAUGGGCAUGAAGAUCGUACAGAGAAACUAGUGUCUAAGGGUAAUGCAUCUGUGGGUCUAGGGAAUAGGCCUUCUAUACCUAUUGCUGUGUAUACCAGCCGUGCAUUGAUUACUGGUGAAUUUAGGGAGAUGAGUAGUGAUGAUUUCAAGGAUAGGUAUCUUACUCCGCUUGAUAGUGCUAUUAGAGACUCGUGUAUUAGGAGUCGGCUUUUAGAAGCAGACUAUCGUUACCCACUGGGAUAUUCAAUGCAUGUGGAACACUACGUUCAAGAAUACUUUAAUGGAAGAAUAGCUGGUCCACUUAAUGAUCUUUUUCAGGACGUUGGUGAUACAGACAACUAUUUUGGCAGUCCACCUAUUAUAAGACCCCCAUUGGAUCAACGAAGAACAAUGCAACCUGAUAUUAUUCAUAUGAUAAAUAGAUCGGAUUCAGGUGUACAAUCUCCCGAAAUUGUAUUUGGGAUAGGUGAUUACAAAACGGCAGUCUAUAAGAUGACAGAAGGAUUUGAAGAAUUGAAGGCAGCUAUAGAAAGUCAAAUCGAAAAUUUGCUGAACCGAAGAAGAUUGAGGCUGCAAUCCAAUGGGAACUUUUUUCCAGAUCGGGAGUGGACGCCUAGGGUAUUAUUUGCUUUGGUUNUAAGNAANUAUAUAUACCAAGCUUUCCUCUGUGGAACCGACAGGAUUUUUAUUUCAGAUCAUCAAACAUUCUCAGGGUUCUUUCAAUAUGAAAUUGUGGAUGACAGGAUGUCUAUAGACUACUAUGUCAUUAAUGAUCCAGAAACUGUGGAGCAUGGCAUUACUUUGAGGUCAGCAAUAGCCGGAUUUUUCUAUAAAAGUGUUGCUGAUGCAGCUGAUACAAAGGCCAGGUUGAUGGAAAAUUUUAGUGUUGCCAGAAGCACCGAAAUAAAACAUUUUAAAGAACUGGAUCCAUUCUUUAACGUUCGUCCUAGAGAUCCUUCUGGAUCUUCGAAAGAAUUGGCUGGACAUGGAUUUUCAGGCAGCUUAGACCCGGUAAAAGAAAACGACGACAGUGAUAACUUUGAUGCCAUUGAUGGCAACACAUAUGGCCGAGUUAUAUACGAUUCUGCAGAAUUUUAUCCUGAUUUGAAACUUCCAUCGCCAGUUUUUGUCAAAUUAUACUACUACUCUAGUCGUUUGUGGGAAAAGAAUAGUUUUAUGUAUUUGGAGAUACCGGAAAAAGAAGGGUACUAUGAUAUGUUUUUCAAUGAGCUUUUAA